AUGUCGUCCUGGAACCAGCCUCUAACCAUCUGGCAGAAGGUGCAGGAGGCAUGGAACAGUCUAAUUGUCAUGAAGACCUUCCUUUCUGUCUCCGUUACAGCUGCCUUUCGAGGCAAGAAUGGCGCCAAGCAGUACAACGUCCAUGUGCUCAACGCCGUGACGCGCAAACUUUGUGUCACCUUCACCCCGAGACAAUUGCAGCUCCGGGAUACCCCCACCGAGGAGGCAUACAGACAGUUCAUGGCCAGCCGAGGUCUCCAGCCGCAGACUGUGCCUCUUAAUCACGGCGCUAAAGGCCACUGGAUUGGCAACAAAAACGCCAAAAAUAUCCUCGUCUAUUAUCACGGAGGUGGGUUCUUUCUCUUUGGUCGCCCACAACAUUACCAGCUACUAGCACAUAUGCUCGACCGCCUGAACGAAGCUGGCCACGACAACCUUGCUAUCUUUUUCCUCACCUACACUACUACGCCGCACGCUGUUUAUCCGGUACAACUCCGUCAAUCGGUCGAGGCUCUCCGUUACAUUCUCAACGAGACAGGCCGUUCCCCAGCUAAUAUCUUCUUGGGUGGUGAUUCCGCUGGUGGGAAUCUCUCUAUCGCUGUGCUCUUGCAUCUCACCCAUCCACACCCAGAGAUCGAGCCUCUGAAGAUCUCCCAGCCCUUGGCAGGUGUAAUUGGCUGCGCGCCGUGGGUCAGUUACAAGUUGGACGGCCCUAGUGUCCAGGAAAACGCAUACAAGGAUGGCCUCUCUAAAGAGAUCCUCGACCGUUGGUCUGAUCAGUACCUUUCGGGUAAAGAGGGUGAUCCCUGGAGUGAACCAGCUAAAGCUCCCAUGGAUUGGUGGGAGGAAAUACAAGCAAAAGAUAUCUUGAUGACUGCUGGAAGAGAUGAGAUUCUGCUCUCGUCUAUUGACGAGUUUGUGGAGAGGUUCAAGAAAGUCGUACCCAAUACUGUUUACGUUGUGGCACAGGAUGAAACCCAUGACUCGGCUGUCUAUGCUGCAGAUGUAGUCGGGUAUGAUACUCAGCAGACUCAGGCGAUCGUUAACUGGUUAGGUGCUCGACUGUAAGAUCGAUUAGUAGUGUUAGUUGUCUGGUAGGUGUUACUUGUACAAUGGGGAUUGAAGUGUCCCAUUGCUGGCCCGUCCCCUUCUCUUG